AUGGCUGCCAUGUUCAGGUCUGUCCCACAGGUCUUUAGGGGCAGUCGGUGUGCAUUAGUUCCUCUCUCAGCAAGAACGAUCAGCAAAAGAGCAGAUGAGAGACGUCCCCUGGCUGAUAAAGUGGCUGUGAUCACUGGUUCUACAAAAGGGAUUGGAUUUGCCAUUGCCCAGCGUCUGGCCCAGAAUGGGGCACAUGUGGUCAUCAGCAGCCGGAAGCAACAAAAUGUGGACCACGCUGUGGCCAUGCUGAAAGAGGAGGGGCUGAGUGUGACAGGCACUGUGUGCCAUGUGGGGAAGGCUAAGGACCGCCAGCACCUUGUGGCCACAGCCUUGGAGCACUCUGGGGGCGUUGACUUCCUGGUGUGUGUGGCAGGAGUCAAUCCUUUGGUGGGAAGCACCCUGGGAGCCAGUGAACAGAUCUGGGACAAGGUCCUAGAUGUAAAUGUGAAGUCCCCAGCUCUGUUGCUAAGCCGGUUGCUGCCCCACAUGGAGAAGAGGGGGGGGAGCUGUGUUGUCCUGGUAUCCUCUGUAGCAGCUUAUCUACCAGUGCCCACACUGGGUGUCUACAACACCAGUAAGACGGCUCUGUUGGGCCUCUCCAAGUCUCUAGCUAUAGAGCUGGCUCCGAAAGGCAUCAGAGUGAACUGCAUAGUGCCGGGAAUUAUCAAGACUGACUUUGGCCUAGGCCUAGGGGAGAAAACAAUGUCAAACAUGCUGCCUGACCUGAAUAAAAUCUAUGGACUGCAGCGGUUUGGGGAGCCAGAAGACUGUGCCGGGAUCGUGUCUUUCCUAUGCUCCCCAGAUGCCAGCUACAUCACCGGGGAGAACAUCAUAGUAGCUGGCUUCUCCCCUAGACUCUGAAGAGCCAGCAUGGCUUAGAGACGGGGUCGAGGGC